AUGGCCGAUCCGGGUGAAGGGUCCAGUACGAGCUGGCCCUUUGACAGCGCGUCAUAUGGUCGCGGCCAGGCAGCGGGGCUGCGCCGCAUGGGCACGGCCAUCGCCCGUCAGAAAAAGCGGAAGGCGGCGGCGAAAACGCGGCAGCUGAAGGCGGAGGCGCGGCUGAGGCUUCUGCAAGAGGAAGGCGCUGAAGGCACGAUAAUAGAGCAGGCCACGAGGGAACACGCCGAGGCAACUGCAUGGGUGCAUGCUACCUCACAAUGCCUGCAGAACCUGCGGCAACAGAGGCGAGGGCUCAUAGUCACCUCACGGAUGGCGAGCGGGCGGAUCGUGCCUCUCAGGAACAUUGACGCAGGGGCUGAGGGCAUGCUACUCCGCUUUCAAAAACUAGGGAUACCCAUUGACCCACAGGAAAUGGUUAUCCCGUGGCACACGCGUCGCCAAUUCUCAAGACUCAGGAAACACGUGGGACUCGAAUGUGACACGGAUGCUUCCGCACAAGCCAGUCCGAUUGAACCCUGUGUCACAUUGCCAGCCACAUCACUUUCGACCCACGGUCCUGCACCCGGAUCCGUCCGCAACACUGUGAUCACCGGGACUGCAGAGCCUAUCGAGCAUGAGGCAUCCUCUUGUACGGAUGGGACAAAGGUGUGUACCGAAACCGCGUGGCGUGAGCCCUCUCUCCCAGGCCCUGAUCCGUCUACGGUACGAACAUCGCCACCCGCAAACAGCGCACCUCAGUUCGCACUGCUUGCUGUCGGCAGUGAUUCUGCGAUCAACGAGGAGGGGAAUCUGCUGGAGCCAUUGCCAGCGCUGGGCGACCAGAGCGCCAUUAGCGGCACAGUGACAGGGUUAGUCAGGGCGCCUCUGCAUCUGGCCGGGACUGCGAGACCAGGGGAUGUGAAACCAGCGGCGAGCUCUUCCGUGCCAGGUUCGUCGGCGCCUAGUUCUAAGACCCCUCUGAUCGGCAGGUAUACACCGUGGAGCUUCGACGCCGGGAGGGCCGAGCCCACCCACAGGCGCGCGUCGGAUGAAUUGACAAGAGGCCCCUCGCACACGAGGGAGCUCGAGUCAGAAUCCGAGCCCUGCUCGGCCGCUCCCAGAGAGCCCACCGCCCGUUCCGCGGAAGGCCUAGUCAAGCCGGACCUGAGUGCGACGGGGACUCCAACAUCAGAUGCAGUGUUGCAGUCGGGGAUGUCUCCCUUCCCAGUGCCGUCGGUGUCGCCUCCGCUUUCCGCCACGCUUGCGUCACAUCUUAUGAGGCUGUUGGAAGAUGAGAAUCUGCUUCUUACGGAUUGGCAGAGUCUCAGUGGGGAAUGCCCUUCCAAGCCGCCACAUGUGGAAGCCGCCGCGCAUCUCUGGCAGGCCGGCGCAGCAUCUGGGGCUCCGGUAUCGGGUUUAAUUGGUUCCCCCGAGCAAGAGGCGGUAGUGGGUCCUCCGUCAUCUUCCCCCGAUUGGGAAGGGCCCUCUCUUACGGUGACCCAGGAAGUCGAACUGGCGCCAGAAGCGCGGGCGCGCCUGUCGACGACUGCGGAAGCAAAGCGGGAAUGUGAGUCUGCCGUCGUCCAAGCCAGGCCAGUCUCAACUUAG